AGGAGUGUCAAAGCUGGAAGAGCAACCGCCCAUACACUUUAUUUGCGGUCACACGGCCAUUACGGUGAGUUGUGAAUCACUGACUCAGUAGUCAGUAGUGAUUCGGAUAUUUUCCAUUUUCUGCAAAUUGGACAAUGGCAAUGAUACCGAUGACAAUGGCGUCGCUCAACUCUUUCUCUCUCCUUCCAUCAUCACUCAUUCCUGCCAAACUCCACCUCCCUUACUCCUCCUCACUUUCUCCGUCCUCCUCCUCCUCCUCCUCCACCGCCACCUACGUCGCCUCCGUCGCCUCUCAAUCUAUCUCCGCCGUCACCGCCACCGGCGUCGGAGAGGAUCUCCCGGUCAAUUACGACGAGUAUAUGCCAAAGGCAUCCCCCUCGGACCGGCGGAGAGCAGGAAUUCUCCUACAUCCGACAUCAUUGCCUGGACCUCACGGCAUUGGUGAUCUCGGCGACCAAGCAUUUCAAUUCAUCGAUUGGCUUCAUUCUGCUGGCUGCUCCCUUUGGCAGGUUCUUCCUCUGGUCCCCCCUGGCCGAAAGGCGAAUGAAGAAGGCUCGCCGUAUUCCGGCCAGGAUGCCAAUUGUGGAAACACUCUGCUGAUUUCUCUUGAAGAGCUGGUAAAGGACGGUUUAUUGUAUGAUGAAGAACUCCCUGAACCUUUAGAUGCAGACAGGGUGAAUUAUGAUACUAUUGCCGAGAUAAAGGAUCCUUUGGUGGAAAAAGCUGCAGAGCGACUUAUUAUGAGUGAAGGGGAACUCAAUAGGCAGCUUCAAAAUUUUCGAAGGGAUCCUGUUAUAUUAAGCUGGCUUGAGGAUGCAGCAUAUUUUGCUGCAAUUGACAGAGUUUGUAAUACUUUUUCUUGGUAUGAUUGGCCUGAACCUUUGAAAAAUCGCCAUCUCUCUGCACUGGUGAAAAUUUAUGAAAGCGAGAAACACUUUAUUGACUUAUUCAUCGCCCAGCAGUUUCUGUUUCAAAGACAAUGGAAGAAAGUUCGUGAUUAUGCACAGCUGAAGGGCAUCAAAAUCAUGGGGGAUAUGCCAAUCUAUGUGGGUUAUCACAGUGCAGAUGUUUGGGCUAACAAAAAACACUUUUUGCUGAACAGGAAGGGGUUUCCUCUGCUAGUCAGUGGUGUUCCACCUGAUGCUUUUAGUGAAACUGGUCAGUUAUGGGGCAGCCCCUUGUAUGAUUGGAAUGCAAUGGAGGAAGAUGGAUUUUCUUGGUGGAUACGUCGAAUUCAACGAGCGACGGAUCUGUAUGAUGAGUUCAGAAUUGACCAUUUCCGAGGUUUCGCUGGAUUUUGGGCUGUUCCAUCAGAAGCUAAAAUUGCAACGGUUGGGCGGUGGAAGGCUGGGCCUGGGAAGUCCUUGUUUGAUGCAAUAUUCAAGACUGUUGGCCAGAUUGACAUUAUUGCUGAAGACCUGGGUGUAAUCACGGAGGAUGUAGUCCAGCUGAGGAACUCCAUUGGAGCACCUGGGAUGGCUGUCCUGCAAUUUGGUUUUGGAAGUGAUGCAGAAAACCCUCAUCUGCCUCAUAAUCAUGAAAGGAAUCAAGUAGUAUACGCUGGCACUCAUGAUAAUGACACGGUUCUGGGAUGGUGGGAUAACUUGAAGCAAGAUGAGAAACAUCAUGUGGUUAGAUACCUUUCUCUUGACAAAGGAAAUGAUAUCUCAUGGGGAAUCAUCCAAGGUGCAUUAUCAUCGGUAGCUAAAACUGCAAUCAUACCAAUGCAAGAUGUUCUUCGACUUGGGGGUUCUGCAAGGAUGAAUAUUCCAGCAACUCAGUUUGGGAACUGGAGCUGGAGAAUACCAUCUUCUGUGAGUUUCGAAAGCUUGGACACUGAGGCAACGAAAUUGCGAGACUUACUGUCAAUGUAUGGUCGGCUGUAAAUGUUGAUAGAUGAUGAGAUUGUGUAUUUUACCUGAGCCUCUUCUGCAGUUUUGCGUUGACCCAAGUCAGAAGAUAUGUUUAGUUUAUCAUAAGAGAACUUGGUAUCUCAAAUAAAACAAUGAAGUUGAUGAAAACAAAGUGAGUCAUGAGUACGAUCAAACAAAGGAUAAAGCACGUUCCCACGGCCCACGGGUCUCAAAAGGAUCAUUGAACACCAAAGGAUUUGGGAGUUUGCAGAGUGGGAAGGACAAGCACAAAUUCCAGCUACCAAAGAUGUUCUUGGAUUCUCUUUAACAUUAUAGUAUUACAAUCUUAGUUUUUAUGUACUUGACAUUGUUUACUUAAUAAAUAAAUGGCUCUGAGUUAUUUAUAAUCUUUACACCAAAAAGAUGAAAGAAAAACUAUGUAACGACUGUCUUGUUUCUUGAAAUUAUGAAGCCAUUUCGAUAGCUUUGAUGCAA